CAGCUGCACCAACAACCACGACAGCUGCACCAACAACCACGACAGCUGCAUCAACAACCACUAAAGCUGCACCAACAACCACAACAGCUGCACCAACAACCACAACAAAAGCACCGGCACCCACACCAAAACCAUACAAAGUCCGUAUCAAAAUGACUACACAAGAAUCUUUUAUCUCUGAACUGUCAGACCGAUCUUCUGAUGCUUAUAAAAGUCGGGAAGAAAGAAUGAUAAAAGAGUUUGAGGAAGUCUUGAGGAGUACAUUUAAGUAUUUCCUUAGACUGAUAAUUAUUCGGUUCACGAAAGGAUCAAUCAUCACAGAGAUGGAUGUAUUAUUCUUCUCUAUACCCAAUGACACUGACGUUGAAGCUGUACUCUAUAAUGCUAAUACAAGUUAUGAUGUUAGCAGUGUGGAUAUCAUAUCACCAACUCCAACUCCUACAUCAAUUACAAGCCAAGAUACGACAACUAACUCUGUGUCAACUACAGCAGCACCAACAACCACAACGGCUACACCAACAACCACAACAGUUGCACCCACAACCACAACAGUUGCACCAACAACCACGACAUUUGCACCAACAACCACAACACAAGCACCAACAACCACAACACAAGCACCAACAACCACAACACAAGCACCAACAACCACAACACAAGCACCAACAACCACGACAGCUGCACCAACAACCACAACAGUUGCCCCAACAACCACGACAGCUGCACCAACAACCACGACAGCUGCACCAACAACCACUACAGUUGCACCAACAACCACAACAGCUGCACCAACAACCACAACAUCUGCACCAACAACCACAACAGCUGCACCAACAACCAAAACAUCUGCACCAACAACCACAACAGCUGCACCAACAACCACAACAGCUGCACCAACAACCACAACACAAGCACCAACAACCACAACACAGGCACCAACAACCACAACACCGGCACCAACAACCACGACAGCUGCACCAACAACCACAACAUCUGCACCAACAACCACAACAGCGGCACCAACAACCACAACAGCUGCACCAACAACCACGACAGCUACACCAACAACCACGACAGUUGCACCCACAACCACAACAGUUGCACCAACAACCAUGACAUUUGCACCAACAACCACAACACAAGCACCAACAACCACAACACAAGCACCAACAACCACGACAGCUGCACCAACAACCACAACAGUUGCCCCAACAACCACGACAGCUGCCCCAACAACCACGACAGCUGCACCAACAACCACGACAGCUGCACCAACAACCACUACAGUUGCACCAACAACCACAACAUCUGCACCAACAACCACAACAGCUGCACCAACAACCACAACAGCUGCACCAACAACCACAACAUCUGCACCAACAACCACAACACAGGCACCAACAACCACGACAGCUGCACCAACAACCACAACAUCUGCACCAACAACCACAACAGCGGCACCAACAACCACAACAGCUGCACCAACAACCACGACAGCUGCACCAACAACCACAACAGCUGCACCAACCACCACAACAGUUGCACCAACCACCACAACAGUUGCACCAACAACCACAACAGCUGCACCAACAACCACAACACAAUCACCAACAACCACGACAGUUGCACCCACAACCACGACAGUUGCACCAACAACUACAACAGCUGCACCAACAACCACAACAGCUGCAGUAACAACCACGACAGUUGCACCAACAACCACGACAGCUGCACCAACAACCACAACACAAGCACCAACAACCACAACAGUUGCACCAACCACCACAACAUCUGCACCAACAACCACAACAGCUGCACCAACAACCACAACAGCUGCACCAACAACCACAACAGCUGCACCAACAACCACAACAGUUGCACCAACAACCACAACAGCUGCACCAACAACCACAACACAAUCACCAACAACUACGACAGUUGCACCCACAACCACGACAGUUGCACCAACAACCACGACAGCUGCACCAACAACCACAACACAAUCACCAACAACUACGACAGCUGCACCACCAACCACGACAGCUGCACCAACAACCACGACAGUUGCACCAACAACCACGACAUCUGCACCAACAACCACGACAGCUGCACCAGCAACCACAACGGUUGCACCAACAACCACGACAGUUGCCCAACCAACCACAACAGCUGCACCAACAACCACAACAGUUGCACCAACAACCACAACAGCUGCACCAGCAACCACAACGGUUGCACCAACAACCACGACAGUUGCCCAACCAACCACAACAGCUGCACCAACAACCACAACAUUUGAGGCAGUCUUGAGGAGUAAAUUUAUGUAUUUCCUUAGACUGAUAAUUAUUAAGUUCACGAAAGGAUCAAUCAUCACAGAGAUGAAUGGCACAUUCUCUCAACCACCCAAUAAUAAUGAUGUUGAACAGGCACUCCUUAAUGCUACUACAGGUUAUGAUGUCACCAGUGUGGAGGCAACAUCAACAUUCUUCUCUACAACUCCAACUCCUACAUCAACUCCAAGUCUAGAUACAACAACUAACUCGGUUGCUCCAACUACAACAACUGUUGCUCCAACAACAGCAACAGUUGCUCAAUCCACCACAACAGUUGCUCCAACCACCACGACUGUUGCUCCAACUACAACAACAGUUGCUCCAACCACCACUACAAUUGCUCCAACUACAACAACAGUUGCUCCAACAACAACUCUUGCUCCAACCAAAACUACAGUUGCUACAACCACCACAACUGUUGCUUCAACGACAUCGACAGUUGCGCCCACCACCACAACUGUUGCUCCAACAACAACAACAGUUGCGCCAACCACCAAAACUGUUGCUCCAACAACAACAUCGUUUGCUCCAACCACCACUACAGUUGCUCCUUCAACAACAUCAUUUGCUCCAACCACCACUACAGUUGCUUUAACUACCACAUCAGUUGCUCCAACAACCAAAGCUUUUCCUCCUACAAUACCAGUUGUUCCGACCACCACAACUGUUGUUUCAACAACUACAUCAUUACUUGCUCCAACCACCACUACAGUUGCUCCAACAACAACAACAGUUGCUCCGACCACCACUACAGUUGCUCCAACAACAACAACAACAACAACAGUUGCUCAGACAACAACAUCAUUUGCUCCAACCACCACUACAGUUGCUCCAACAACAACAUCAUUUGCUCCAACUACCACUACUGUUGCUCCAACUACAACAACAGUUGCUCCAACCACCACUACAGUUGCUUUAACUACCACAUCAGUUGCUCCAACCACAAAUACAGUUGCUCCAACCACCACAACAGUUGCUCCAACAACUUUGCUACAACCACCACAACUGUUGCUUCAAUGA